AUGCUGCCGACGCGGUGGCUUUUCACGGUUCUAGCCGUCUUGGGUCCUCUGUCAGUGGCCACCGACGAUUCCAUAUUGAGCUCUUUCAAGACGAUCCUAUUCGGCGCUGAUCAAAAGAACGACACUAACAAACCGCUUAAUCAUCCGACUUUUCAUCAAUACGCAGCUAAUCGUUACGCACCACCAUCCGGCCAAUCUUGCACACUACCGCGUCAAAUUGGAACUGGUCCCUAUCGAAUUCCAAGAUGGUAUUACAAUCCAGUGCGCGGGCGUUGCGAGCUGUUCUACUGGUCAGGAUGCUGCGGAAACGGCAACAAUUUCCAAACAUUUCAAACGUGCCAAUCGACUUGCGAAGAAAGACGAAAAAUAUCUGGGGGUUUGUGGUUUAAUCGAUAUAUUCUGCUAGCGAGUCAGCGUUCGCUGGUCUUCGAGAACCCGUUCGUUCAAAUCUACAAUCCGUCAAGCAACCAGAUCGAUGUUCUAUUCCAACCCAACCAUCAUUACCUAUCGAAACCCCCCAUACUUUGCCCGUGCUGCUAUCGGCCGUUCUCUGAAGGCUAUGGCAGCAUGCAGUUGGAGCGUUUCUACUAUGAUCAGAAUAGCAAACAGUGUGUCGCGUUCAAUUAUCGCGGUCUCGGCGGUUAUGGCAACAUGUUCGAAACAUUGGAGAAAUGCCAAAGAUCGUGCGGUGUGUCGCCGAUUGUGACGCUCGCUCCACCGCCGUCGACGAUGCCGAUACCGAUUGCGACGAUGACAACGACGACAACAACAGUCGCCAAUGCUCAAGUCGACCCGUGCUCGCAGGACAAAGAAUCGGGCGUCGGCGCCGUUCAGCUUCCCAAAUUUUAUUUCAACAAACAGACGCGCAUUUGCGAGCAGUUCACCUAUUUCGGCUCGGGCGGCAAUCGCAAUAAUUUCCAGACGCUUGAAGAGUGCCAAGCGCAGUGUCCAGAGACUCCGAACCCGUGCGCGGUGUCGAGCGGCGCGACGCUGGCGCCGUGCGCGCCCGGCCAAGGCUGCGGCACCGGCAGCUAUUGUCACGUUGGCGCCCAAUUGCAGACGACCGUGUGCUGCCCGAAGCCGGCGGCCGUCGAUCGUUGCCAGCAGCCGUUGAACGUUGGAAUCGGCAACGCGAAUCUGCAACGCUGGUACUUCAAUCCGCUCACGCAACAAUGCCAGCCGUGCACCUACAAAGGACUGCAAGGCAAUGAGAACAACUUCCUCUCGCAAAGCGAAUGCGAGAACUCGUGUCUAGUGAACCCAUGCAAAAUCGGAAGCCCAUACCGCUCGCAAGGUGUCACCGUCCAGUGCUCAGCUAUCAAUCCAUCAGUCUGCCCAGCCGGCUACUAUUGCCAUAUCGGAGCCGAUCAGACGACAUCGGUGUGCUGUCAGGCACUUGGGAACUCACCAUGCGAGGAGGAAAUGACGCAAGGCGAGGGCACGGCGGCUCUCACGCGCUUCUUCUAUGACGCUAAUCAGCGAAAGUGUCUGGCUUUCAACUACCUCGGUUUGAAAGGAAAUCGCAAUAAUUUCAUUUCCAAAGAGCUUUGCGAGAGCGCCUGCCCGGUAUGGAUAAACCCGUGCGCUAUUGGCAUCCCAAUCAUGUCGUCGGAUCAGCGGCCAUUCCAAUGCCAUCAGGGAGCGCCAUGCGCUGCUGGCUACUUCUGUCAUCUCGGCUUCGACGAUAGCACCACGGUGUGCUGCCAAUCGGAAGGCGAUCCGUGCUCAUUGGUGGUCAAGGAAGGACAUGGAAACAAUGUGAUGUCGAGAUGGUUCUACAAUCAGAAAACGAGACAGUGCCAGCCGUUUACGUACACAGGAAUGGGCGGAAAUGAGAACAAUUUCCUUCUACGCGAACACUGCGAAGCAACAUGUCCGGUUUGGGUGAACGCGUGCCCUUCGGGCGAGCCCUACCUUCUUCCGAAUGGCAAACCUCAACCGUGCGAUCCAACCAACGAGAACUCGUGCCCAUUGACUCACUGGUGUCAUCCCGGUCCAGACGCCUCGACGACGAUGUGUUGUCCCGGACGAGCCGAUCCUUGCACGCUGACGUUGUCCCAAGGCGAAGGCCCAUUGUCGGUUGCUCGCUAUUACUUCAACGCUGCUUCGAGAACGUGCGAUGAGUUCAUGUUCCGCGGUUUGAAGGGAAACGCCAACAAUUUUCCGAAUCAAGCGGCUUGCGAGCGUCAAUGUCCGGUUCAGCAGAAUCCGUGCCCGAUCACGAUGUCAUCGCUCAAACACUCGGCAAAACUUGUGCCGUGCUCAACGACCAAAGCGUGUCCGUCGCAACAAUGGUGUCAUUAUGGUGAAACGAAGGAAACUACUGUGUGCUGUCCGAAUGCCAUCGACGAUCCGUGCACGGCGCCGCCGAGAAAUCCAGGAAUCGGCGAAUACCACGCAACACGAUGGGCAUUCGAAUCGACGACAAGAAAGUGUGUGCCGUUCGAGUAUCGAGGAAUGAAGGGAAAUCCCAACAAUUUCCUUUCAAGAGAAGCUUGCGAGAAACGCUGCCCCGUCUUCCAAAAUCCUUGCAAAAUCGGCGAGCCACAUGUCGUCAAUAAUCAAUACAUGCAAUGCUCACCACAGCAUAUCUGCCCUGCUGGCCACUAUUGUCACAUCGGCGUUGAAGCCAACUACUGUUGUCAGGCUCUCGGUGGCGAUCCGUGCGGACAACCUCUGGAUCGUGGAAUGGGAUCAUCGCAAUUGGCGAGAUGGUACUGGAAUCAGCAGCAACAAUGCUGUUUGCCAUUCAACUACUGUGGAAUGAAGGGAACCCAGAAUAAUUUCCUUACUAAACAAGAUUGCGAGAGAACCUGUUAUGAGCUCGACAACCCGUGUGCGCUCGGCGAACCCCAAAUGAACACCCAAAAUCGUCCCCUUCAGUGUUCGACGAGCUCGAACACGUGCGGAGCGUCGUAUUGGUGCCAUUUCGGCGCCAACACCGACACGACGGUGUGCUGCCCGGGACGAGUCGAAUCGCCGCAAAUUUGCCAACAGCCGAAAGUCGAGGGAACCGGCGGCGCCGCGCUUCCACGCUGGUAUUACGACUCGACGACGAUGCAAUGCGUGCAAUUCAACUACCAAGGACGAAUGGGAAAUCAGAAUAAUUUCUUGAGUCAGGCUGAUUGUGAGCAAACGUGUCCAGUGUAUGUGAAUGUGUGUCCCACCGGCUCACCGCUGCUUGACUCGACGAAUCGUCCCGAGACGUGCACGUUCGGCUCGAACUCGUGCGGCGCCGAACACUGGUGCCAUUUGGGUCUCGUGCCGAAUGAGUACCAAUGUUGUCCGGGUGUGCCGACGAAUCCCGGCGCUUGUCAGGGAUUGCCGCCGUCGGAAGGUGAGCUUGGCGCCGCCGCCUCGCCAACCGCCCGCUGGUACUAUGAUCAGUCGGAAAUGCAAUGCAAACAGUUCACGUAUAAUGGAAGACGCGGAAAUCAGAACAAUUUCUUGACGAAAGAGGAUUGUGAAGCGACAUGCGAGGUUUUCACCAAUCCAUGCAAUCAACCGAUCGCACUUCCGGCGACUAUGUGCGCCUCGACAGGAACCGAAGACACUUGCGGACCAAACAUGUAUUGCCAUAUUGGAGCUACCCAGGAGACCACUGUGUGCUGCCCGUCUGAAGGAGACCCGUGCUCUCUCCCAUUGGCGCGUGGAACCGGCAACCAAUUUGUUGAUCGCUUCUACUACAAUCAACAAACUGGCACAUGCCAACCGUUCACCUACUCGGGACUUCAUGGAAAUCAGAAUAACUUCCUUUCACAGCAAGCUUGCGAAGAGCGAUGUGGACCAAACCCAUGCUUCGAGGGCCGCCCGUUUGUCGGAGCCGAUGGAAGAACUCAGACGUGCUCGGCGUCAGCGAACUUCAACACUUGUCCAUUGAACCAUUGGUGCCAUAUUGGAUCAGAUUUGUCGACCACGGUGUGCUGCCCAGGAGCUUCAACCAACGUGUGCAAUUUGCCAAUGUCAACAGGCGAAGGAAACGCGCGACUGGAUCGAUUCUAUUACGAUCAACAAUCGAAGACAUGCCGACCAUUCGUGUAUAAUGGAUUGAAGGGAAAUCAGAAUAAUUUCAUCUCAUUGCGAGCUUGCCAACUUUCAUGUCAGCCAUUGGAUAAUCCAUGCAUUGGUCAGCCGGCAACAACGGCCGCCGGUCAGGUGCUGUUCUGCUCCAUCACCAACAAGGACUCGUGUCCCGUCAAUUUCUGGUGCCACAUCGGCGCCACACCGGAAACGACGGUCUGCUGCCCGGGAGCCACGAAUCCGUGCUCGGUGCCGCUUGCGCCCGGCACUGGCAACGCGGGACUCUCACGCUUCUACUACAAUCCCGAUGAUCGCCAAUGCCUUCCAUUCCAGUACAAUGGAAAGAGAGGCAAUCAGAACAAUUUCGAGUCGCAGGCCGAGUGCGAGAGGACGUGUCCAGUGUUCAAAAAUCCGUGCCUCGGUGAGGUGAUCCUCAAUGACGACGGCACCGCGAAACAGUGUAAACCGCUGUCGACGAAUUCAUGUGGAAAUCUCAACGAGUUCUGCCAUACCGGCGAUCCAUUGGAUUCGAACUCGAGCUUCUGCUGUCCACGAAUCAAUCAAGAUCCUUGCGACGCGUUCGUCCGCAAUGGUGAAGGCUUCUUGAACCUCACGCGAUUCUACUACAACCCGGUCGAAGGCGAUUGUUUCCCAUUCGAGUAUAAGGGCAGCAAAGGCAAUGAGAACAAUUUUCUCACGUUGAAGCGAUGCCAAGAGCAAUGCAAGCCAUCGACGUCAGCGUGCUUCGGCGGCGAGACACCUUUGAUGAACAACGGAAAAGUCGUACAGUGUCAUACCCAAGUGUGCCCGGCGACGCACUAUUGCCAUCGGGGAAUCGACGCAAAAACCACAGUGUGUUGUCCAAGGAGGGGCAACAUUUGCGAUCAGCAAUUGAUGGUGGGAAUCGGAGAUUCGGCGAUCACUCGAUUCUACUACGACACCAUCGAUGAUACAUGCAGUGAAUUCAAUUAUACUGGUAUUGGAGGCAAUGAGAACAACUUUCUAACCAAAGCCGAAUGCCAAAUUGCGUGUCCCGGAUUUCGCGGCUACUGCCCGCAUGGCAAACCGGAUGUCGCCAACAACUCGCUCACUUCUUGCGGAAUUGAUACCGGAUGCCCAAGGGAUCACGUAUGUCAUGUUAGUAAGCGCGAGUCAAAGACAGUGUGCUGCCCAGAUCCAGCAGUAUUCUGUUUGAUUCGCGCCGAUCCGGGACCGUGUAGCCGAGAAAUUGUGCGCUACGCCUAUGACAAAACAACAGGCACUUGCAAAAAAUUCAUGUUUGGCGGCUGUCAAGGCAAUCUAAACAAUUUCGACUCAUUGGAGAAAUGCACCGAGAUUUGCUGUGACAAGGGCUACAAUUAA